AUGGGAUUCAUACAAUCAAAGUCUGACUCCUCCCUAUUCACCAAAGGCUGUGAUGAUAAUUUUGUAGCAGUCCUUGUCUACGUUGACGACAUUUUGGUGGCCAGUCCAGAUGUCUCUCUAAUCCAAAAACUCAAAGCAUAUCUUGACGCUGCCUUCAAGAUCAAGGACCUUGGUGAAUUGGGUUAUUUUCUGGGAAUCGAAGCGCAAAGGAAUGAUGCUGGUUUAAACUUAUGCCAGCGCAAAUACGCCCUUGAUAUCUUAGCAGAAACGGGCUUCCUUGAGUGCAAGCCUGCCUCUUCUCCCAUGGUCCCAGGCCUUCAUUUGUGCCAUGGUGAUGGUGAACCGCUCACAGACUCUAGUUCAUACAGAAGACUUGUUGGUCGUUUGUUGUACCUCACGGCUACAAGACCAGACAUUGCAUACGCUACACAACAAUUAAGUCAGUUUGUCGAUGCUCCAACUGACAAGCAUAUGAGAGCUGCACACCGUGUCUUACGGUAUAUCAAACAAGCUCCUGGCCAAGGCAUAUUCUUUCCAAGAACUGAAGCUAUGCAACUUAAUGUUUUUUCAGACUCCGAUUGGGCUACCUGCUCUGAAACCCGUCGCUCAAUUACAGGUUACUGCAUUUUUCUCGGAGAGUCCUUAAUCUCCUGGAAAUCAAAGAAGUAA